CCGUCCGCUACACCCACAAUUCCCCGCGCCAGGACAAGAUGGACGAAAGCAGCGACCGCCGGAGAACAAUGUUUUGGCAAUAAACCCCCAAAAGCUGCGAAUACGGAGCGAAUACAGGCACGUUUAAAACCAACUGCGGUCAUGUGUAGGAUAUUCCUCUCCUGCAUUCCUCUUUAGAAUUAUUGCCCUCCUUCUUCCCUGCACAAAGCAGACCCACCACUAUGAGUAUUAUCCAAGACAAAUUAGGCAAUGAGUUUUUGCGCAACGGUGGCAUGGAUCCCAAUUUUGCACCAGGUAUGCUUAUGUUCAGCCACCUGCCGCCUGUCACCAGCUUUACGCGACUGUCCUCCCAGUCCGUUAUGGGCGAGCUUCCUCAGGAGAUGAUCCUGAAGAAAGAACGGGAUUCGCCACCAGAACACCAGGGUGCCACUGUGAAUACAGGGGGCUUCCUCCACAGCAUGGGCAUCAAGCAGGAGCGUCUAAAUGAGCUGGAUUACCGUAUGCCGCUCUAUGGUGGGAGUGUUGGGGUAAACUGUGCUGGAGGGGGCGCGGGGAAGAGUAGUACUGACAUGCAGGACAUGUCUUUCGGCGACCACCACCACCACCAAAAUCACCAGAACAUGCUCCUGCAUGACCUCAGCCUCAGCAACGUCCGUUCCCUUGGAGAACAGAUGCCUGGAAGACCGGGUAAAGAGCCAAAAGAGCCCUCAGGGAGAAAAGGGAGAAGGAGCAAUGGCGAUGGGCAAGGAGGCAAAGCACGAAGAAAACGCAACGAUGCUGCAAAGGCCAUGAUGUUGGAUGCAGAUGGAGCCUGCAUGUCCCCCAACUCAAAACCACAUAUCUGUGAGCACUGUAAUGCUGCCUUCCGCAGCUCUUACCACUUGCGCAGACAUGUGCUCAUACACACAGAUCGCACAGGUGAGAGGCCUUUCCGGUGCAGUCAGUGUAACAUGAGCUUCAUCCAGAAAUAUCUGCUCCAGCGGCACGAGAAGAUCCACAGUGGAGAGAAGCCUUUUAGCUGUGACCAGUGUAACAUGCGCUUUAUCCAGAAGUACCAUAUGGAGCGACACAAAAGGACACACAGUGGCGAGAAGCCAUACCGCUGCGAUACUUGCCAACAAUUUUUCUCAAGAACAGACCGGUUACUGAAGCACAAACGGACUUGUGGAGAAGCCAUAAAGAAGGGCAUGGACCCAAACAUGCUGGAGCUCAGCGAAGCAGAGCUAGGCCAGGGAAGCUAUGCACUCACUCAGGGAAUCUCUACCGCCUCCGGACGUAAGAGGGCCAAGUCCAAAAACGGUGAGGGCGGUGAGCGCAAGAGGAAGAAGAAUGCAUCAGCAGCUUCAUCCUCUGGGGGGAUGGCCCGUGACCUGGGCCUGCAGGACUUCAGCAUGGAGCACCCUUCAGGCUCUGGCCCCACCAUGCAGGGACGUUCUCCUAAGUUGGUCUUUAAGAAAGCUGGCCGCAAGGCCCUGGACAAGGGCCUGCUCUCCCUGGACGACAGUGCUGAUGGACAAAAACAGCUGUGCCAGAAGCCUGGCUCCAUGGAUCAUGUGGAGGUUUCUGGCCUUGAUAACAUGGGUCUCCUCCAGGGAGGCGGGGUGAACAAGCAGGAGCCUACCACCAGCAGCAACUACGAUGACGCAAUGCAGUUUGUGAAAAAGCGGCGCUACCUCCAUGCAGUUAACAAUGACUAUGGAGCUGGCUCACUGCACAUGGCAUCCCAGGUCAGUAGUGUCAUCCAGGGCUCCCUGGGGCCUGAGCCCACGCUGGCCAUGCUGGACUCCUCGCCUUUGGAACUCAAGCACGACAAGUCGGGCAUUCCAGAUGAAGUACUGCAAAGCCUGCUAGAGCAUUAUAGCCAUAAGCCGGAUGGGACACACCACCAUGACGUGACUUUUGACCUGUCAGACCACCCUCAUCAUGUAGACCUCCAGCCUGCAGCCCCUGUUACCCCGGAGCUGGAGGAUGACUCUCCCAACGGUGGUGAUAAGACAGCUGUGAUGAGUGAGUACUCAAAGUUCCUCCUGCAGGCCCUGGAGCGCACCAGCCAUAGUGGGCCCUUCCCCAGCCUUGGCCCUACAGGGCCUUUCCCACUCCUGUCCAGCAGCUCCAGUCCCACAGGGCCCCUGUUCUCAGACAAACAUGUGUACACCACAUCCCCACUGGACUGCGUCUACCCACCUGCUGUCUCCUCCCCACUGCCCAUCGCCGCCCCUUCAUCAAACUCCUCCUCAUCCUCCUCUAAGUCCCACUAUGGCAUGCUCGUCGGCUCCCCCUCCCAGGCAGGCUACCACCUCAGCUUGGAACCCACUAGCCACCAGCAGCUGACUCCAUCUCAAGAGCUGACCGAGCAGUUGGAGAAGCAGCACUCCCCCGGUACUUUCAACCUACCUCCCCAGGACCUGACUGCCUCGGCAGAGGGCUCCAAGGGGCAGCAGCCAAAGGCCGGAGGAAGCGCUGCACCCACCAACGGUUCCAGUUACCCUGACCUGUCCCCACUGAACCCCCCUAAAGAAACCACAUACCAGAUCGAGAAUUUCGCUCAGGCCUUUGGCUCCCAGUUCAAGUCUGGGCGGGUGACCCCUCUGGGCUAUGGCAGUGAUCCUGGGGCAGAGGUCGACCAUCGAAUACGGACUCCAGUGUCAGAAUUCUCAGGGUAUACCAGUUUGUUAGCUGACGUCGGUGAGCCAGUGAGUACAGGAUCAAAAACCCAGACAAGCCAAAGUUUCAGAUAAGGGUCAAACGAGGUGAAUCCAGUCGGGGGCUGUUCUGUUACUGUCCAUACAGUCCCAUCCUAAUUUUGUUCUUGUAGCAAAGUUUGUUUUUAAACACUGCCAUUAAAUGUUGAUACAAAAAUGA